UUUUUCUCAGGGCUCCCUGAAAGACGCCCCCAACCUGAUCUGCACGCCGCACACAGCGUGGUACAGCGAGCAGGCGUCUCUGGAGAUGAGGGAGGCCGCGGCCACCGAGAUCCGGAGAGCCGUCACCGGCCGUAUCCCCGACAGCUUAAGAAACUGCGUCAACAAGGAGUUCUUUGUCACCACGGCACCCUGGGCCGUUAUGGAUCAGCCGGGUGUUCACCCUGAGCUCAACGGCGCCGCCUACAGAUACCCGCCGGGCGUAGUUGGAGUGGCUCCGGGUGGCAUGCCAGGGGCGUUAGAGGGCAUGGUGCCGGGGGGGGUGCCCAUCGCCCACUCCCUGCCCUCCGGUACACACCCCUCCCAGGCCCCGUCGCCCAACCAGCCCUCCAAACACGGCGAGACCAGAGAGCACCUCACCGAGCAAUAGCAGCAGAAGGGUUCCAACAACCAAUCACAACGCAACCGACCAACUGGGACCAAGAGACAGUGAAACGACACACGUGGCUGCCUGUUAAACCAGCCAGCAACUGGGAACAAAGGAAGUGUUCCGGGGGAAUUUGUACUUUUAACGUUUUAGUUUUUACUCUCUGUCUCUUGGGGUUCAGUACCGACUUUACUCUUCGAUGAUGAUGAUGGGUUUUUUCGUUGUUGUUUUUUUCUUCGGGACAUGCCUAUGAUUGUGGACACAGAGUCCAGUGUUUUUAGCGCUCCGGGAUUACCCGACUGAGACUCUGUCCCCGCCCCCUCUCCACCUCAGAGCUCAUGGGAAACGUAGGCCCUCAUCUCAACACACUCAAGAGAAAAAACUCUGGCAUCAUGUGCUACUGGACCUUAACCCCCCCCCUUCCCAACCGACCCCUGAUCCUCCCCACCUCUCCGACCCUCCUUAUGUAACUAAUGUGUGUUGUUUAGGCCCCUCAUUAUGCCUCAGAAGAAUUAUUUUGUUCUUUCAAUCUUCAGUGUGAAUGACUAAAAAUGGAUUAAUGACUAUAUAUAUUUAUCAUUCGUCAAACAAAAGGACACGAUUUAGUAAUCUAGAGUGGGUUUUAACCCUUUCCUGGCAAUAAGACACAUGACAGCUGCUGCAGUUACAAGAUGUCACCACUGGAGGGCACUUCUACACAGCGUGAGGAAUUUCUUCUGCACCUGUGAGCGUUAACACCAAAAGUUGCUCCAAUAUAAUCUGUGGGAAUUAUUUUUGAGCCGCAGUUACACUAAACAAACAUUCACUGUACAUUUAAAUGUAGCUGAGUUUUGAGAUUACAUGGAUUUAGAGGGGAGCUGCCAGCUAAGUAUUUCACUUUUGUCUUUAGUUUAGAGUCGGUGUGUCAGUGUGACUCUGAUGAAGGACUUUUUUAUUUUUUAUAAAUCAUUAAAAAAAAGACUAAAGUUUGGCGUGACUGACUGCAUCCGAUUCUUCUGCUGAAUGGACGGAUAUUACAGAUAUGAACCGAGUGGCAUCGGUGCACAGAUGAGACCACGCUCCCUUCUUUGAGCACAUUUCACACUGAAGACAGGAAAGGGUUAAAGCAAACUUCAUUUCUUAAUGACUCAGGAAAACACUUUUUUGCUGAUAUUGUUUAUUCCCAGAAUUUUGUCUUUGAGGGAAAAAAAAAAAAGAUGAGACUAAAUGUGGUUAGUCUGGAUAUUCCUCCCCCCCCCCUCUCUCCAUUGUGGUAUUUUUAUAUACAAGGCGCAUCCCUGGUUUUGGUGUUAAAGAGUUUUGAAGAGUCCUGUUAGAUUUGUAUUGCCUAGUUAAAUGUUCCUAUAACCAUAGUCCUAUGUGAUCCACCCCCCCCCCCUUCCCCUCUUCUUAUAUUUUCUUUGUUCUAUUGAAGGCCAGGUUCUUUCGGGCGUCCUCUCUGUAAGAGCAAUAGCAGAAACUCCUACUUAGUGUUCCAACAAUAGCAAGAGGCAGCCAGCAGUAUGUUUUUGUUUUUAGUGUGAGUAUUUGUAUUUGUUUCUUGUACAAGGUGAACAUUUAGCAUUCAGUGCAGUUCAAAUAAAAGAUGAUUCUGAGAA